AUGAAAAUUUCAACAAAUAUAAUAAGGAAAUAUGUAGGAAGUAAUAAAUAUACAUGUUCAUUUCCCUUUUUUAAUAUUCAUCAAAAAUUGGAUAAUAAUAUAAAAAAUAAUCAGAGUGUAUCACAUUUUAAUUAUAAAACCGUUUUAUCAUUUACAACUUUUAACAAAGAUAGUGAAUCAAAUAAAGAUGAAAUAAAUUCAAAUAAUUUUAGUUUAAAUCCACAUUGGAUAGGGAUUGAACAAAGUAAUGUAUAUAAGCAAGUUGUUAAAGAACAAAAAAAAAUAGACUAUAUAAAAAAAAAUGGAGAAAAUAAUGAAUAUUUAAGUAUUUCUAAAAGAUCAAAGCUUAUGAAAUAUAUAAUACGAUUAAGAAAAAAAAGUAAUUUUCGAAAAAAAAAUAAUGCAUUUUUUGUUAAAGGUACACAAACAAUCAUAAAUUUAUCAAAAGAUCAUAAUUUAACCAUGGAAGUUAUUUUAUCUAAUUCUAAACCCUUUUUAAAAUAUUUCCAAAAUAAAUGUAAUAAACUAUAUUAUGUAAAUAAUGAUAUAUUAAAUUAUAUAUUUUUAGAUUCAUUAAAAUUUAUGAAAGAUAAAAAUUAUGAUUCUGUAGCUAUAGUAAAAAUACCAAAUAUAGAAAAUACAAAAACAGAAAAAAAAAUUAAAUUUUUAUUAGCAUUAGAUAGGAUUAGAUAUGCAUAUAAUCUCGGAAAAAUAUUAAAUAUAGCUUAUUCAAUGAAUAUAGAUUCUAUAUUUUAUAUUCAUAAUACAGUAGAUCCAUAUAACCAUAAUGUUAUGGAUAUAACUAAAGGGAAGCAUUUAUUUAUUCCUUAUAAUGUUGGAUCAUAUAAUGAAUUAAAUAAAUUUUGCGAACAAAAUAAUUUAGUUCCAAUUGUUGCACACACAAAUGGCAUGGACCCACAAUCAUUUUUAAAAAAUUUAACGAAUCAAGGAAUAUGUCUUAUUCUAGGAAAUGAGUCAUAUGGCCCUCACAAAGAUAUUUUCUCUUUUGCAAAGCCAAUCUGCUUACCAAUGCACGAAAUGACUAACUCACUUAAUGUGUCGGUAGCUGCUGGAAUUCUCAUACACUAUCUUAAAAAUGCAUUAUGA